AUGGUGAUUGUGCAAUCGAACGUGAUCAACUCGAGCGGAGUUGGUGGCUCGAGCGAACAGCUGGGUAUCGACUGGGAUAUUAACGAUCCUAGCGUACCGAUCGUGACCGAGUCGGACUACGAUGCGUUCAACGAGUGGAGUGAUGGCCACUGCCGUCAAAUCUACCGGCCGGCUAGCGAGGAAGCCAAACGGCACGCAUCAGGUUGGGCUAUGCGAAACACCAACAACCACAACGUGAACAUCCUGAAGAAGAGCUGUCUUGGUGUGCUGGUGUGUUCUGCUGGGUGUAUUCUCCCGAACGGGGAUAAGAUCCACCUGAGGCCGGCCAUUUGCGAUAAAGCACGACGCAAGCAGCAAGGCAAGGCAUGCCCAAACAGAUUAUGCAUCGGAGGCAUUCUGGAAAUUUUGCCGUGUCGAGGACACUGUGGAUAUCCGGUGACACACUUCUGGCGACACACUCCACACGCGGUGUUCUUCCAGGCUAAAGGUGUCCACGACCAUCCACGUCCGGAAGCCAAGUCAUCCGGUGAAACACGACGUGUACUCGGAUUGGGACGUCGCGAACGUGUCCUGAGGACGGUGCAGUCCAAAAUGAACAAGAUAAAUGGGCUUAAGCAGACUAGAAAAUCGACCAAACAGCUGUACGCGAUCGCCAAAGCGACGAGCUUCAGUUCCAUCUCGUCUGGGGAAGCCAUCAAGUCGCCGGAUUCGUCCUUCGAAGAUACCAGCUACCACCCGGUGGAAUACCUGAGCGGACCCACAUACACCUACGGACAUCAUGGACAGUUCCAGCAGCACCAGCAACAGCCUCCAGCAACUCUGCAUAGCUCACAAAACCCGUCGGAGUACGCACAGAACUGUUUCUACGACACGACCUCCAGCUUUAUCCAUCCGGAGGAGAUCUUCCAGUUAGAUCAACCCCUACGGCCGGUUACCGGUGGUCAGAAGUAUUCGACCCAACAGCCUCUGGCCGGAUCACCACCGGCCACCAUGUUUGAUCUGGAUCUGGGGCCAGAUGGAGCCCCAGGACAGUUCUCACCAUACCGACAAGGAACAUCCGAUUGUGGACAGGCUGGAACGGGUCGGUUCUUCGAUUGCGUGAAGUAUGAGAGCUGUACGGAUACGGACACGGCUAGUCUCACGAGCAGCGGGUGUUCUAGCGUGUUGGACGAUAUCGCGUACUACGCGAGUCCGCAGGUUGAUUACCAGAAUAACAACAACCACAACACGGGUGGCAACAGCUGCCUUGCCCAGCUCGAUAUGGACAAGAUGGGUCUGCGUGCGUGUGACGGACUCAAUUCGUUCUUUAUUAGCCAAUCAAGCGGAGUAUCAACGACGACCGACGGAGCUGGAUCGGUGGCAUACAGUGAGCAGUACAGUGCGUCCUCUUCACCGCAAUCGUACGGAGGGUACGAUCCUUCGAUGAGCUCGCAGGCGUUGGUAAACUCCGCCGGAUCUCCGCAUUCUUGCGAUGGUCGGAUGGUACCAACGUCCACAAUGACUGGCACUGGGUCUGUGUCCUCUUGCGAGGUGUCACACCAGCAGCAAUGUGCGAGUAGUGAACCAUCGACUUCGACAACAGUGGAUGCGACUUCUGCUGAUGGAGCGUCGUGGUGGAAUAACAGCUUCUUCCAGACAACGGUAGGGACUAACGAGUGGAGCCAAUCCUGUUAA